UGAAAAUUGUGUCUGCGUGUGAGGGAGAGAGAGAGAGAGAGAGAGAGAGAGAGAGAGAGAAGAAGAAGAAGAAGAAGAAGAAGAAGAAGAAGAUGGUUUUUGAGAGAAACAGCAGAGAAAGCUCCUCAUUCCUGCUUCUCUUCCUCUCGUUUCUCUCGCCCAUUCCAAUUCCAAUCCUCUCGUGACCCAGCCCCGAUGUGAAAGUUUGCAUCUUGGUCAUCCUUUUGAUCUCUGGAUCCGCUGAUCCCUUCGACAGAUGGACUGCUUUCAUUUAGCCCCUUGAGGAAUGGAAUGAAGAAUUGAGAAGUUGUUCAUAAAGAUAUCUUGAAAAUGGGAGGGAUUUGCUCUAAAAGAUCAGCAGUGGAUAAGUCUCCGAGUGAUAGUACCCUCAAUGUUGAUGGUCUUAGAGAUCAUGAGUCUGUGAAUUAUGAGUCAAAUAUGAAGGUGAAAACCAGUAUGAUGAAACCUCCAGAGAAGGAGACCAUGAAGAAGAGGUUUACUGAUCAACCAUUUUCUUUCUCUGAUCGAAUGAUGGCCGGCUGUGAGAAUACUCCAACCGGUGUUGCGACGGAGAUGAGGGAACCACAGCUUUCUAGAUCCCUGUCACAAAAGUCGAAGCCAACUAAGGUCUCGGAAGUGAGCUCUCUGUUGGGCAAGGCUAGUACUCUUGGGCUGGGUAAGGCAGUUGAGGUUUUGGAUACACUUGGAAGUAGUGUGACAAGUCUGACCCCUAAUGUUGGAUUCGGGUCAGGAACAUCAACCAAAGGCAAUAAGAUAGCUAUUCUUGCUUUUGAGGUUGCCAACACAAUUGUUAAAGGUGCCAAUCUCAUGCAAUCUCUUUCGAAAGAAAACAUAAAACAUUUAAAAGAAGUGGUUCUUCCAUCAGAAGGUGUGCAACAUUUAGUUUCCAAAGAUAUGGAUGAGUUACUCAGAAUCGCUGCUUCUGACAAAAGGGAGGAAUUGAAAAUAUUUUCAGGAGAGAUUGUUCGUUUUGGGAAUCGUUGUAAAGAUCCUCAAUGGCACAGUUUGAGCCGCUAUUUCGACAAACUAGGGUCAGAACUUACAUCUCAAAAACAGUUGAAAGAAGAGGCACCAGUUGUGAUGCAGCAACUUUUGACCCUUGUUCAGUUUACAGCUGAAUUAUACCAUGAGUUGCAUGCGUUGGAUCGAUUUGAACAAGAUUAUAAUCGGAAACAACAAGAAGAUGAGAAUCAAAAUGCUAGUCAAAGAGGUGAAAAUCUUCAAAUUUUAAGGCAAGAAUUGAAGAGCCAAAAGAAGAAUGUAAAAAGUUUAAAGAAAAAAUCACUCUGGUCCAAGAAUUUGGAAGAGGUCAUGGAGAAGCUUGUGGAUAUUGUUCACUUCUUACAUUUGGAGAUUCGUGAUGCUUUUGUAACUGCUGAUGGAGAUAAACCAGUAAAAGGAUCUUUCAACACCCACCAAAGAUUGGGAUCAGCUGGCCUUUCACUUCAUUAUGCAAAUAUCAUCACACAGAUCGACACUCUUGUUUCUCGAUCAUGUUCCAUCCCACCAAAUUCAAGGGAUACAUUAUAUCAAGGUUUGCCACCUAGUGUAAAAGGUGCUUUGCGUAGUAGGGUGAUCUCUUUUCAGGCCCAAGACGAGCUGACCAUUCCUCUAAUCAAAUCUGAAAUGGAGAAGACAUUGAGAUGGCUUGUUCCAAUUGCUAAUAACACGACCAAAGCACACCAUGGUUUCGGUUGGGUCGGGGAGUGGGCGAACACAGGGACCGAUCCAAACCAAAAGCCUGCGGGGCAAACCGAUUUGCUUACGAUAGAGACACUUCACCAUGCAGACAAGGCAAGAACCGAGGCAUACAUACUUGAUCUGGUUGUAUUGCUUCACCACCUCAUCAGCCUCUCUAAAUCCUCCAAUGGGGGCUUCAGGUCUCCCAUCAAAUCACCUGUUCGAUCCCCGUCACAAAAUAGUGCAACACUCUCAUCUCCCAUGAACAAUAGCAAACCUACGACCCCGUCAUCGACACUCACACAGGAAGACAAAGAAAUGUUACGGGAUGUCAACUUCAGAAAGCUAACCCCAGGAAUAAGCAAGAGCCAGGAGUUUGACAUCUCGAAGAUAAGAAUAUAUGAGAAUAGCAGGUUGACGAAGAGCAACAGUCACUCCCCGUCCAGUGAAAGCAACAAAGAGUUGUUGCCCGUUAGAAGGCCAUCCAUGUUGCCCGUUAUUGACUUUGAUAUUGACAGGAUAAAAGCAUUGGAUGCGAUUGAUAGAGUCGAUACUCUUAGGAAACAAUAAACCAAGUGUUCGAGCAGCAAGAUUAUCACCAAACUGGAGGAGCAUUGUCACUGGUCUCAAGGAGAUGAGUAGUGUAAAAAAAUGAAAAUGGUUUUUGUACCUAUUGAUAAGGGUGUGGAAUCAUGGUUGUUUUGUAUUAUAGGACUUUUUUCCCGCCAUGAUAUGCAAAAGGUGAUUGAAUGGAGAAGUAGUGGUAUGUAUUUUGUAUGUGCAUGUCCAAGGCUAGGCUAGCAUGUUAGUUUGCACUAACAAUCCAAUUCCAAGCCAUUUUGUGUUUGUUUUGCUGUGUGUAUAGGUAUGAGAAGUUCUGUGAAUGAAACUUGGGCAUUUCCCCUUGAUCAA